CAGCCCAGGGUCCUUAACGCCCAUCAGCGUUAAAAGGAGCAAAGAACUACAACAAACAGAAGGUCAGGAUGGUGCAGAACAUACUAAAUAAAUUCGUCGGUGCGAAGUAUAUCACUAUUCUAAAGACGUGGAUACCGAACAUGGCUGCCUGGGGUACAGUUGGUGGAGUGGCGCUCGUUCACUUCACAGACUGGCGAUUAAUUCUGGACUAUGUGCCAUACAUUAAUCAGAAGUUCAAAAAGGAUGAAUAGAGUCCCACACAACUAAAUUCUACAGGACCAGAUUGGGGAAUGGGCACAUGGAUGGGUUGAUAACGCAACACAAGCUUAAGAGGGAUGCCCUGGCUCGAAAAUCAGUCAAUGAGGGCUCGCCAGUAGUUGGGACUUCAAGAUGCACUCUGUAUAUGUGUGGGUUUCGAUCCAGUUUUAUUUAAUGUGAAUAAAUCUUUUAAUUUGUUCCGAUUUGUCCAGUUAUUCAGCAAAAAGCCAACUAAUUAAAUGUUUUUGCUUGAAUUUACUGUUAAAAUGGGUUUUAAAAAAUCGAUUUGUUCAAUGCUGAAUAAAAGUGGAAAUACUGUACUUUUAUUUUUCAUGGGGCAGUUUUAAAAGACGGGCAGUUGGAUCUGAAAAACCUUAUAUUUGCCAACUCUUGAUGUUUAUUUGUACAUUAAAGCAAUAUGAAAUAAAAAAUAUAUUGAAGACAA